AGGAUGACAGCCACGAAGCGUUGGCUUAUGGGAAUAUCCGGACUCUACAACUGGGGUAAAAUCAUUGGCGGACAUUUUGAAAGGGAAAGCUGACGAUGAAAGUUACUGUGAAAAGUUGGACAGCUGUGGCAUCUUGGAGAUGGAUGGCUAACGAUGACAACUGCGGCAUCUGCCGCAUGCCAUUUGAUGCCACCUGUUCAGAAUGUAAACUCCCUGGUGAUGACUGCCCACUAGGCCACUAUAGUAGAUGGUUCCUGGAUUUGAAUACCCUGAAGAGUAAUGUGAAAACAGAAUCUAAGAGAAAAGUCUGCACCUACAUUGUGGGGCCAGUGUUCUCACUGUUUCCACAUGCACUGCAUCCUGAAGUGGCUGAACUCGCAGCAGGUAAACCAGCAGUGCCCCAUGUGUCGACAGGAGUGGAAGUUCAAGGACCAUGAAACAAGACAUUAACCAACCAAAACCUGUAUAUAACUGUAUCAAUAGUCUGAAAGUGUGCUGGCUUCUCAAAGUAGGACCCAACUUCCUGUUCCUGGCCGAGGGUCUGCAGGAGGAUUGUGCACAACGUGCAACAUCUGUUGCUUCAUAUUUGUUUGUUACCAUCAAAGCUACUUGCAGUGUCAUCAGCCAGAGGUAUCCAACAAACAUGGACCUCUAGAAGGAAAACAAACAAUUAAGUAACAAUGAAACAUUGACAAUCCAUCAUGCAGUUACUGAGCAUAGGUAUCGGUGAACUAGGUUCGUUGUUAUUGUAAUUCUUGUGCCUAGUGGCAUAUACGACAGCAAGGUUCCUUGCUGUAAGGUUUCUUGCUAUUUAUGUAGCAGGGUAUAUUUUUACAGGGAGGGGUUGUUAGGCCUGCCCCCUUUUAACAUGCUCGAGGCACCUCCUUGAACACGGGACCCCCAUUUUAUGGUCCUGCCAAAAGAUGCAGCCACCAUCGAGAUGUCGGGACUUGGACCAGUUACCUACUUAUUGGAACUAGCAGGGACACAACUGAGAGUUAAUAGAGGUACAUCCUUUGUUUGGGGCUAUAGCCUUAUGGUUGCUCUUACCAGUCAGUUCAGCUGAAUUUCUAGGUAUGAUAACCGAGGUAGCUUGCCACCUUAGCUGCCAUAGCACAGAGGUUAAAUGUGAAUGCCAUGAUUCCCUAGGCACUGUUACAUCAUCAUCUGUCAAUUCCCAUUUUAUUAGACCAUCAUUCUGUAUAAAUUCCGUGCAACAAUGUGCAACAAUGGUUUGUGGUAGACCAUGUCUCCCAUGUUAGAAGAACAUGUUUUUGACAAAAUAUCCACUUUCCAUUCAUUGUUCAGCAUUAUCUCCGGGCUUUGCUCAGCAUUAUAACAAUCUCUAGAUUACAUAUGUUUUGUUGGACUGUAUGCUAUAUGUACAUGAGAAUAGGUACAUUUCAGAAAGGUGUUUUACAUUUACAUGUAGAUGGUGCAAUAGAUGUACUGUAAAGUACAAUGGAAUAAAAUGAAAUGUAUGUAUUAUUAUUAUUAUAUGAUACAUGGUCUGACAUUAGGUAUAGAAAUCUUUGUUGUAUUGAUCAACCAAUCAAUGAACCUUGACCUUAUUACUUUAAUCAGAAGUCAAUAUGUGACAUUUUGGUCUUCACUGUGUGAUGAAAUAUUUAUGACUCUGCUUCUCAUCAUUUAGCUUUUUUUUCUUGACAGUUUUGUCAGAUAUUAUGUCCAAGCCAUAUACAUGUAGAUACUGGAAAAGCAAAAACAAACAAACAGAUUAAAAAAAAGAUAAUAGAGUUACUUGUAAUUCUGUGGGAUUGAUAAA